UUUACUAAUGCCUAUCGAAACAUCCAUCGAUUCGCUUUCAGCAUUAUCAGCUGGUAGAAUUUUUGCCAUCGUGAGCAAAACUUUACAAUUUUUAAAAUAACAAUAAAAUAAGUAAGACUGACGCCCAUACUCGGAAGACUAAGUCCAAGAAGCAAAGACAACGCAAUCGACCGCGAAACAAACGAAAUCGCCUGGAAGAUACCUAUCUAACGACUCCUAAGACCUUAACUACCGAUUCUGCCAGUGCAAUGUCCGGAAUUCAGGAUGCAGUUACUACAGAAAAGACGCGUGAGCAAAUAAUGGCUGAGAGGGAAGCGAAAAAGCUGGCAAAACAGUCCAAGAACCAAAACAAGUCAUCGACUGCGGUCGUUGCCGCCACUUCGGGCACCAAAAUCAUCACCGAGGUGGAGCAAACGACCAUAACCACCAAGCUGACGACUACCACCACAACUAAAGCCCAGGAGAAGGUAGAUUCAGUAGCUCCAAAAGCAGUUUUACCAACUUUGCCGAAUGGUCAAAACACGGAGGCGGGGGAAAAGUCACGGGAUCAGAUCAAGGCUGAACGCGAAGCCAAGAAAGCGGCUAAAAAGGCUGGAAAGAGCGCUGGAGCCAAAGUGGAGGCCACCAGACAACAGGUGGCUGAGCUUAAAGUGGCGGAUAAAGCUCCAGAGGUACCCAAGCCUCCAAGUCAAACCGCAGGAAAGGACCAGGAAAAGAAAAAAGUAGCACUCAGCAAAGCGGAGCGACGGGCUAUCCAAGAAGCCCAGAGGGCAGCCAAGGCCCAAGGUCAGGCUAAGAAAUCACAGCCAACUGGCAAGGCUCUUCCCACUGCCACGACCGCUAAGGAGUCUAAGCGAGAAAGCGUCUCCCCCUCUAAACCAGCCACAACCAGCUCACCCAGCAAAUGUGCAGCGAACUCUUCAAAUGGAGAGUGCCGGGUAAAACUGUUCAAUCAUCUUGUCUGCGCCAAGGAAAACAGCCAGUUCAUCAACGAUCCUCUCGUGCAUCCGAGCAUAGCGCGCCUAGGUGUUCAGUAUGCUAAGCGCACAGUUGUGGGUUCCAAUGCCCGGUGCAUUGCCUUCCUACAUGCGCUGCGUCAAGUGGUGCACGACUUUGAAACGCCCGCUAAGAAAGAAUUUGGUCGUAGCCUGGACGCUGCAGUGAAGCAUCACGUGGACCAUCUUCACAAGUGCCGACCGCUGGCUGUGUCCGUGUCGAAUGCAUACAAACAAUUUAAGAACCAACUAACGCAACUGCCAGCAGAUAUUCCUGAAACGGAGCUAAAGGAGCUCCUAGGCCACUUUAUUGAUACUUACAUAGAAAAUCAGAUCGGCAAGGCAGCCCAGGCGAUAAGCGGCUUUCUGCAGGAAAAGAUCACCGAUGGCGAUGUGCUGCUGACCUUUGCCUGCUCAUCCCUGAUCCAGUUCAUCUGCGAGGAGGCCAAGCGGCGACAGGUGGCCUUCCGGGUAAUUGUCGUCGAUUCCCGACCCGGAUGCGAAGGUCAGGAGAUGCUGCGCCGACUGCACGCGCACGGAAUCCCCUGCACCUACGUGUUGAUCAAUGCCGUGGGUUAUGUAAUGGCGGAAGCCACCAAGGUGCUGCUCGGAGCCCACGCCCUGCUGGCCAACGGCUAUGUGAUGGCGCGCACGGGAACCGCUCAGGUGGCACUGGUGGCCAAUGCCCACAAUGUGCCCGUGCUCGUGUGCUGCGAGACGCACAAAUUCAGCGAACGCUUCCAAACAGACGCCAUCGUCUACAACGAGCUGAGCGAUCCCAACCAGCUGGUGCGCGGAAGCAAGUGUCAGUUAAACAAUUGGGAGGCCAAGGGCAAGCCGAUGCCGCUUAACCUGAACUAUGACAUUACGCCGCCGGAGCUGGUAAGUGCCGUGGUCACCGAAGUGGCCAUUCUGCCCUGCACCAGCGUUCCGGUUAUUCUGCGCAUCAAGCCCGACAUCGGCUACUAAUGCAACAACUUUGAUCACUCAUUGGAAACUCGCUGUUGUUGAAUAAAUAAUUUUUAUUACACUUUGAUCAAAUCGAUAAA